AUGCAGCCUGCGUCCCGCGGCGUUCAUCGCACAUGGCAGGCAAGCAUCGCCGAGGCAGCCUCGCCGAAGUCCCCCGACCUCGUCCCGCCCGCCUGCGCACAUUAUUUUACGUACGAGCACGGCGCAAAUAAGCAUCGAGCACGAAUGCGUGUGCUCCUGCUCCGACAAGCGCGCCGAUGCAUGGGGUCGUCGUUCCCCGUCCCUUGCCAUCGCCGCGCGAACCUCGACCUGGGCGUCGGUGCCGCUGCUCAGGUGACUCCCCUGGAAGCCAUGGAGCGUUUCCAUUACUCAAUUCUCCCCAGAUUCGGCGCUAGUGGCAUGGGGGGGCCCGAAUACGACUCGACGGUGCAUGACCUACUUGUGCGGGCACUACGCACCACUAGAAGCGAGAGCCGCACCUUUGACGUGGGCGGGCGACCAGUACUCGCUUGUACUUGUACCAAAAAAAACAGCCAAAACGACUCCAUCGCCCACGCUACCACCGCUUCCACCUUCUUCUCCUCCUCCUCCUCCUCCUCCUCCUCCUCCUCCGCUCGCCGCCUCCAAGUCCGCCUUCCCUCCCCUCGCUCUCUCCCGCACGAGCGACGCUCGUCCAUCGGCAACAGGCCAAGGAGGCAAUCGGCUCUCGUUCGCCCGCCGUCCCCGCUCCUCCAUCGACCGACCGACCCUCCGUCUCGAGCGAGCCCUUCAUCCGUCGCCCCCUCCCCCGGCCCGACGACAGCAGGAAGGAGAGGAACGAUAGGCAGACCGUCGCGCAGGACAAGCACGCCGAGCCCGCCUGUCGCUCGUUACAUGGCCGUGCCCAGCGGAGCCGGGCCCCGACGGGUGCUUGACUUCGACACGUCCAUGUUGAUCAAAUCCACCAUGGCCCGCGCUCUCUCCCCUUCCGAUUCCGGCUCACGAUCCUCCUUCUCCUCGGUCCGCGAAAACGACGACGGCCUUGCCCAGACCUUCACCCGCUCCAAGGUCUCGUCGUACAUCGACACCCCCGAGGAUGUCUUCGACGAAACCCCGCCCAACGAGGUCUCGCAGCCGAGCUUCCAACCCCCCUUGACCCAACCGCACAGCCGGCUCCAUGGAUUCUGGUACCCCCCGGACAGCUUCCGCGGCUGGCGGCAGAUUCCCAUCAAGGGCAAGCUGGCGAGCCGCAGCUUCGAGGAUCUCAAGCGGCUGGCCAUGACCUGGGACCACGCCCCCGCCCCGCCGCCCAAGAAGCUCGUCGGCGCCUACCCGGUCGGAACCUCGCCCCUCGAGGUGCUCCCGAGCGAGGUUUUGGGCGAAAUCAUCGACCUCUUGGUCGUCGAGAUCCCCCCCAACGGCCUCACCACCCGCAACACCGACCUCAUGGCCCUGCUCAUGACCUCGCGCGCCAUCCACGCCGCCACCCUCACCACCCUCUACCGGCACAUCACCAUCCCGCACUCGCGCAUCUUCCGAAAGUUCCUCAGCACCAUCACCGAGUACCCGGCCCUCGCCACCAUCGUCCGGCGCUUGGACUUUAGCCACUUCAACCCCUCCAUGCUCUUCUCCACCGCCAGCGAGCGGGCCAUGACGCGGAACCUGACGCCCGAGACGCUCGCCCAGUGCCUCGACCUCACCCCCUACCUUCAGGAGUUCCUCGCCCAGGAGUACGUCGACGACGACCUCAGCCACGACGUCCUGAGGAAGCUCUUCUUCCGCAUGCCUCAGCUGCAGGCCUUGGACUUUUGCGCCUGCUCCUCCACGCCCUUCAAGAACUCCUUCAAGGCCGUCCUCGACGACCCCUGGCCCGACGUGCUCUCCAUCACCAAGCUGUCGCUGCACAAGUGCCUCAGCCUGCCGAGCGACGUCUUCACCACCAUCCUGCCGCGCCUCCCUCGCCUCACCCACCUCGACGUCGCCGGCACGCGCAUCACGAACGAGGCCUUGGAGAUGAUCCCCGCCACCGCGCGCCUGACCCACCUGAACCUGGCCAAGUGCACCGAUCUUUCGGCCGAGGUCGUCGUCAAGUUCAUCGCCUCGCACCCGGCCGUCUCCCACCUCGUCUUCCUCAGCCUCGCCAGCGAUUCCACGAACCAUCUUCUGCUCGGAAAGGACGACGUCGACGUCCUCCUGCCCGUGCUGCCGCCGACGCUCAAGUCCCUCAGCUUGCGAGGCAGCAGGAUGCAUUCGUCCCAGCUCCCCCACAUCAUUCGCCUCUCCGCGAGCCUCGAGGAGCUGGCCCUCGGCCGCGGAUUGGACAUGAGCGACAUUCACCGCAUCUUCGACGCCUCUCGGCACCAUACCCUGCGUUAUCUGGACAUCUCGGAGAUUGCCACCAUCAUCGGAAGCGCCAGCACCCUUCUCGCCCCGGCCACGGCGCCUCUCGUCGUCGUCGAAAUCGGCGAGCGCGCCUACGAGCGCGCCGCCAAGCUCAACAAGAACCUCGAGCUCGUCGGAUGGAAGGCGAGCGAGUUUGGCAGCCGAUACUGGCUGGUGCGGAAGCCGACGGCCGCCGUCGCCAUGGAGAACCAGAGGCGCUGGUGGAAGAUGGGCGCCGAGAGUUGGGGCAUGAGAAAGAUCCCCGUCGCCGUCGCCGAGGUCGGGGGCAUGUACGGGUCCUUCAUGUUCGGUCGACGACUCUGA